GCUAUUUAUAACCACAGUAUAGCAAACUUGUUUAAUAGUUUAUAGCAAACUGAGAGAGAAAAAAUACGGUAAACAAGCAAAAUAGCUUUAAAAAAGUAGCUUAAUAUUCGUCUCGUUGUAUGUAGCUGUACUUCACGCUUUCCUCCCUAACCUAAGUACGCGAACUGUGAGUGUUCCGUAAGUAGCUUUUCUUUUUACUGUACAUUGUGCGUUACGCUUCUUCUACCUACUAAGUACACUAAGUACACUGAGACAUUUUGUACCGAUGUAGUAUUUAACAGUGUGUGAUUAAAAGCUUCCUAACUACUGUAAACUGGUAAGUGUUCGUUCCUUCUCCUCUGUCUUGCAGUACACCGCAACAGACACCCGCAACCGAGCGGCGUAAGCAGCCGACCAUGGUCGAGUACCAUUUCGUCGACAUCGCUACGUACAGCCGCGGUUCGGUGUUUGGCAUCGGGGAGCAUAUGGUCGAUCGGGCCGUGUUCGCCCGCACCCACGUCCAGUGUUUGCUGAUACCGCGCUACUGGCUGCUGGAGAAACCCCAAAACCGGGGCAACAUCUGGAACCGUGUCCGGAUCUUUCUCGAGCAGCGGCAACCGUCGCGCGAACGACUGUUCCGCUGGUUCCUUGCCGAACUGCUGUGGCACCGGUACCGGCGGCAGCUGGUCGAUGAUUUUCUGCUCGUGCACGCACCACGCCAUCUGCCGCGGUUGAUCGAUGUACCGCUCGCGUGCCGUAUCGAGGAGUGUGAUGUGCAAUCCGACCACGACUAGCGCCGCUCAAUAAACCAGGAACGUUAGAUUUGUCUGUCUCAUUAUUAUCAUUACGCUAAUACCACUAAUUCAAAACACUGGCCAACACGCAACUGGCGGAAUUGGCAAUAAUAGUUUUCCACUGCCUAGCAUGUACACCGUACACCCUGCGCUGCUGCAACGUCCCGUUACGGUCCAUCGUCUAGCUGGUGUUCGUUUGCUGCGGUGCUGCAAACGGCUUUGGUUCGUUCAAUUCUUGCAGAUCGAGCAGAAUCGGGUGACAGUUGAUGCUUCGUUC